UUGCCUAAAAUUAACUUCAUUUCAAAAAUUAAGUUCUCCUAAAAUCGAUCUCUUUUCUAAAAUUAAGUUCUUUUCUAAAAUAAUUUGGCAAUGACAUUAAUUCUUACAUUGGAUUGCUGACAAUAACCAAAUACUAAAUAUGAGAUUACUAUGGUAAUUGAUACCCGGGUAUACCCAUUUCUAAUUAAGAGUACUGUCAUUCAAAUGUGCCCUUUAUAUCUUUGAGGAAAUCUAAUCUAUAGAGGUCAAAUGCUGUCUUAUGAAGUGUCAUCUAUGCACAAUCUAGUGUUGCAACUUUUUUGGGGGAAAGUAAACUGAGCAUGUGGCCAGAUUCACGAUCUGUUGGGGCUUUAGCAGGGCUUGCAGUAGCGAUAGUUUUUACCUGGAGACUAUUAAGAUCACCUAGUGGACCUCAACGAAGGCAACCGAAACGGCAAGCUGUGACCCCUAGUAGAUCUGGUGUAAGUAUUAAUUCAAAUACAAAUGUGGUAGCUUCUGGAGUGUACCCACCUUCAGAAGAUUCAAGAGCACAAAAUGUGAUUGAUGAGUUUUUCCAGCCUGUAAAGCCAACUCUGGGGCAAAUAGUAAGGCAGAGGUUGAGUGAAGGGAGGAAGGUAACUUGCCAGUUACUUGGUGUAAUCCUUGAGGAAAGUAGUCCAGAGGAGCUUCAGAAACAAGCCACUGUGAAAUCAUCUGUACUGGAAGUGCUGCUUGAGAUCACGAAAUUUUGUGAUUUAUAUCUAAUGGAAAGAGUUCUGGAUGAUGAAAGCGAAAAAAAGGUUCUCCUGGCUUUGGAAGAUGCUGGGGUUUUUACAUCAGGUGGCUUGGUCAAAGAUAAGGUUCUCUUUUGUAGCACAGAGAACGGGCGGACAUCUUUCGUUCGGCAACUGGAACCAGAUUGGCAUAUAGACACGAAUCCUGAAAUCGUAUCCCAGUUGGCGAGGUUCAUCAAAUAUCAACUCCACGUUUCUCCAAUGAAAACUGAGAGAAGUGCUGCCAAUGUUCUCAGCUCUCCAUCCUUGGAACAAUUUUUUGGAUGUGUUUGACGUGCCAGCCAGUAAAGGAUGCAGAUACUUUUUUUUUUCCCCCUAUUCUGGUUUGCUUCUCUUCUUCCUUGUCGGAUCAAGUUGCAUCAUACCUUAUGUCCAGCUCACCUAUAUCUGCUGAUUGUCAGAUCAGAGACACUGUACUACUUGUCAUUUCAAGCGAUGAUGCUUUCGCUGCUUGAUCUGUGUCAUAGAUGAUUCACAUUGCUGUCAACUUUCAAAGUUCAUAAAAUCGUUGACAUCUUUACUUUAUCCCAGUUGAAAUAUAUCACUACAUACAAUAAUUGAUUAGUUUGUGAGCUCAUGGCCCAUGUUGUAUUCUCAAAGAAUCCUCAAGAUUCAUGACUUAAUCAUGGAGUGUUGGAUUUUAGCUUGGUUUAUUCAAUGUUUACUAUUUUCGUUUUGUGAGGAUUGUGAUGAUGUCUUGAUUAUUGUUUCUGAAGAUGGAAAGUCCUAGUCAGGUGUACAUGAGCCUUGAAACACUUCUCUC